UAGAUGGCCUUUGGGGCCUCUUCCACCUACAGGAUUCUAUGAUCCUACCAUAUAUCUAAUUAUCUGUCUGUCUAUCUAUCUAUCUCAGGGAGUUUGAACCUUUGGGGUCUCUUCUAACUACAGGAUUCUUUGAUCCUACCAUAUAUCUAAUGAUCUAUCUAUCUAUAUCUCAGGGAGGUUGGACUGGAUGACCUUUGGAGUCCCUUCCAACUUCAGGUUUCUGGGAUUCUAUGAGCAAUAGUGGAUCAGAGACGGUGAUGUUAUGGUGACGUCACUGUUGUUAUUGUUGUCAUCAAUGCUACCCAUCCUAUAUCUGUGCACGUAGGAUGGCUGACAGCUUGCAACAAAACACGAAUCCCCUGUUUCCCAAAUUCCCAUUAGUGGAAAUUUUUUGGACUUUUCCAAAAAUACCAAAAUGUAAACAAACAGGAGGAUAGGAUCUGAAUGGAUAAGUCUGAAUUCUGCCUGAGUCUCCUGCCUUUAGGUUCCUUCACUCCUACAAUUUCUGGCUUCACUGGAGCUCCAUAGGAUUUCCUGCCAAUGCCUCGCUGCCGAAGUAUGGCAUUCCCAUCAUAAAAGGGGAAAAAAUAUACAUCCCAUGAGAUCCAUGACUCCGGCAUCUAUAAAUAUGACAUCUAUAAAUCUCAUCCGGGCUGAAACGCCAUUAAUCUUACAUUUGGGAAGUUGCGGUUUGCAACCAGAAGUGAUGCGUAAUGCAGUGGCUGCAAACAUGAACCGGGAGCGCCUGGUGCAAACCUUUGUUUAUGUAUGGAGUCACUUCAACUGCCUUGGCUGGGAGUUGUAGUUUAGUGAGGUCCCAGCACUCUUUGCAGAGAAGACGAAAAGACCUUGCAAAACUAUAACUCCCAGGAUUCCAUAAUAUGAAGCCAUGGCAAUUAGAGUAGUGCCAAAUUAUAUUAGUUCCACGGUUUAGAUCAAGCGUGGGCAAACUUGGGCCCUCCUGGUGUUUUGGACUUCAACUCCCACCAUUCCUAACAGCCUCGGGACUCUUCCUUUUCCUGUUAGGAAUUGUGGGAGUUUAAGUCCAAAACACCAAGCCCAAAGUUUGCUCAUGCCUGGUGGAUGCACUGUUUAUGUAGCUGUAUUUUGACUAGAAUCCCUUUCCUCCCCAGCAAUAUGUUCUAUAUGGACACGGCAUUGAUAUUGCAAGGCGAUUUCCCCUAUAACUCCCAUCAUCCUUGGCCAGCAUGGACACUGGGACUCACAAUUCCUUCUAACUGGGUGGACUGGAGUAGGUUGAAGCUGAUGCAACAACGAAUUCUGUUGUGUUGAUAGAAUUAUCCCCCACAAACAAACACAAUGAGAACGUGGGUGUUUACUUUGGUAAAUAAAGACCUUAUUCAGACCUUAUUCAGAGUUCUGCACAAUUUUACUCUCUGAAUAUUCAGGUACUAUUAUUGUCUAGGUUUUAAAUUCUGUUGAUGUGUUUUAUGUUGUGUUAUAUUGUUAUCCAAUGUUUUAAUUUAUGGAUCUGUGUUUUUAAUUUGUUGUUGUUGUUGUUGUUGUUGUUGUUGUUGUUGUUGUUGGGCUUAUCUCCAUGUGAACUGCCCCGAGUCCCUUCAGGGAGAUGGUGGUCAGAGGCGGCUAUGGGAAGCGGUCAAAAGGAGGAAAGCGGUAUGCAAACGGAAAUCCUGGAUGAGCAAGGUCUUCAGCGGGAAGCGGCCAGACUCGGAGUUUGCUCCCCACCCGCCGGGGGGCCUGUGCAAGAGGGCCACUCCACCCCUGCUGGACGAGAGCCAGCACCAGGCCUUGACCUGCCUGAUCAGCGAGAAGGACCUGGUGCUCUUUGAGAAGCUGGGGGACGGAUCCUUCGGGGUGGUGCGGCGCGGCGAGUGGGGCACUCCCUCCGGGAAACUGCUGAACGUGGCCGUGAAGUGUCUCAAGACGGAUGUGCUGAGCCAGCCGGAAGCCCUGGACGACUUCAUCCGCGAGGUCAACGCCAUGCACUCCUUGGACCACGUCAACCUCAUCCGCCUCUAUGGCGUGGUGCUCUCCAACCCCAUGAAGAUGGUGACGGAACUGGCUCCGCUGGGCUCCCUCCUGGACCGUCUUCGCAAGAACCAGGGCCACUUCCUCAUCGCCACCCUCUGCCACUACGCCAUCCAGAUCGCCAAGGGCAUGGCCUACCUGGAGUCCAAGCGCUUCAUCCACCGCGACCUGGCCGCCCGCAACAUCCUCCUGGCCGCCAACGACCUGGUCAAGAUCGGCGACUUCGGCCUCAUGCGGGCCUUGCCCAAGAACGACGACCACUACGUCAUGCAAGAGCACCGCAAAGUCCCGUUUGCAUGGUGUGCCCCCGAGAGCCUGAAGACCCGCACCUUCUCUCACGCCAGCGACACCUGGAUGUUUGGAGUCACGCUGUGGGAGAUGUUCACCUACGGACAGGAGCCCUGGGUUGGCUUGAACGGCAGCCAGAUUUUGCACAAGAUUGACAAGGAAGGCGAGCGGCUGGCCCGGCCCGAGGACUGUCCCCAGGACAUUUAUAACGUCAUGUUGCAGUGCUGGGCGCAUAAACCAGAAGACCGGCCGACUUUCGUGGCCCUGCGGGACUUCCUCCUGGAGGCGCAACCCACGGAUAUGCGAGCCUUGCAAGACUUCGAAGAGCCCGACAAGCUGCUCAUCCAGAUGAAUGAUAUCAUCACGGUCAUCGAGGGCAGGGCUGAGAACUACUGGUGGCGCGGCCAGAAUAAGCGGACCCUGAAGGUGGGCCAGUUCCCGCGCAACACGGUGACCUCGGUGGCGGGGCUCUCGGCGCACGACAUCAGCCAGCCGCUCAAGAACAGCUUCAUCCACACGGGACAUGGAGACACCAACCCCCAGCAGUGCUGGGGCUUCCCCGAUAAGAUUGACGAGCUGUACCUGGGAAAUCCCAUGGACCCUCCAGAUGUGCUAGGAGUGGACCUGAAUGCAGCCAGACCCACCCAGCUCCCAGGAAGGACAAGAAGGGAGCCUCCUCCUCGGCCGCCUCAGCCUUCGAUCUUCCUAAAGAGUAAGUGGGGCCGCUUCCCGGUCCGCCGGCCCCUCUGUGCCUGCCCUCUCUGCUCUCUCUUUGCUCCUCUCUUCACAGAACCGACCUACGACCCCGUGAGCGAGGACAACCUGCUAUCGGCAGGGCUCAAGCACCUCUGCCUGAAGAAGAAGCCGGGACCGCCGCGAGGUCUCCGUCCCCCCAAGCCCUCGGCCUGCGUCUCGGGCACCAGGGCGGGCGAGAGGCUCCUCCUGCCCCGCACCAGGGGGGGCACCCAACCCGGUAACGAAGUGACACUUAUAGACUUUGAGGACGAGCCCGUCCCCACCACCCCUUCGCCCAUCGGGGAGCUCUGCGCCCCGUCGCUUGCCAAGCUGGCCAUGGAGGCGUUCUCCUUGUUGGACAAGACACCCCCGCAGAGCCCCACGCAAGGACUGCCCCGCCCCCUGCACCCCACUCCGAUCGUGGACUGGGACGCCCGCCCCUUGCCCCCUCCUCCCACCUACGACGACGUGGCCCAAGACGAGGACGACUUCGAGGUGUGCUCCAUCAACAGCGCGGACGGUCUGGUUGGGCGGCGGAGCAGGCGCAAGAGCUGGGAGAACGGGGAGACCAAUGGCGGCUUCGUGCCGGAGGGAGAGCGGGCGUCCCUCCCGUUAGACGACAACCUCUUCUUGCCGCCAAAGGAAACCAAGCAACCCAGCCCUGCUCAGACCACGGAGAUCUUCCAAGAGCUGCAGCACGAGUGCAUGAAGCACCUCAACGUCCCCUUGGGGGGCAACUCCGUGGCCUCCACGCCCAGCCCCGGGGAGGACAAGCCGCAGAUCCCCCCUCGCGUCCCUAUCCUGCCCCGACCGCUCCGCAAGAACGAACACGGCCGCUGGUCCGGGGAGCUCUCGCCGGCCUCCGGGGGUGAGGAGGAUCGCCCACCCCAGAUCCCCCCGCGAGACCCUUUGUCCCAGCCGAGUUCGAGGACCCCCAGUCCCCGGGCCCUGCAAGGCGGGUCCCCACAGCCGCGGGCCAACCUCUGCUCCCCGCUCUGCUCCCUGGGCUCCUUCCUGUCCACGUCGCCGGGCAAGCAGCCCAUGCCCACCACGCAGAGCUUUGCUUUGGACCCCAAGUACGCCACGCCGAAGGUGAUCCAGGCUCAAGGGAAGGAGUGCUCCAAAGGGCCCUGCAUCCUGCCCAUCGUCAAGGACGGGCGGAAGGUCAGCAACACCCACUACUACCUGCUCCCGGAGAGGCCCCCUUACCUGGACAAGUACGAGAAGUUCUUCAAGGAGGCCAAGACCCCCGAGGAAGCCCCGGCACCCCCCAGAGUGGUCACCACCGCCACCGUGCGGCCCAUGAUCCAGCAGCAGCCGGACUAUCGGGGCAACUUCUCAUCCAACAACAGCAACGUCACUUUCAAGGCCACCUGUGGUCUUCAGAAGAUAAUCUACGAUGGCUCUGAGGGACCUCGUCCUUCAGAUAAGAUACGGCUGGUCCAGGAGACGGUGCACGGCGUCACCACGGAGGAAUGCCAGGCAGCCUUGCAAAACCACAAUUGGAACGUGCAAAAGGCCAUCCAGUACCUGAAGGUGGAGCAGCUCUUCUGCCUGGGGCUCAAGACCCGGCUGGAGUGCCAGAAGGUCCUGGAGAUGUUCGACUGGAACCUGGAGCAGGCCAGCUCCCACAUGCUGGACCCCUACAACGCCUUCCGGCUCAAGCGAUGACCAGCAAUGGUCCUCUGAAGCAGAAACGGAUGGCCCGCGCUGGGCUUCCGCGGUCGGAACUUCUCCGGAAGAGACGCUCCUUCUGGGCCUUGGGACCGAGAGCCACCGAGCGGGACGGGACCGAGACAAAGCGAGACUGUGGCUGAGGAACGCCACUGUGAAAUGCUGGGCCAAACCCAAACGCCCCGACCCCCUCCCUCCGCAAACGCCGACAAUUGCACCCCCCUUUUCUUCCUCCGAUGCUGGCAGCUCCGCGUUGGCUUGCACCCACCCUUUGCCCCCACUUCCCCCCCUUUGCACCUGUUGCUUGCUGUUGGAUUUAUUUUGUAAAGAGAAGUGUUACAUUAAUAUAUAAAUAUUCUAUUCUA